AUGCAUGCCGCGCAAAGAAGACAAGGGUUUGGCCCUCCUCACCAAAUCAGUACAGCGAACCACAAGACUGACAGCCUUUCGCAGUGCGAUGGCGCCUCCCCUUGCUCACGAUGCGCCCAACGCAGCCUCCAGUGCAACUAUGAGGCCCGACACCAUCGCACCAAACGAAGCCUACGCACUGAGAUCAAGUCUUUGAAGCGGAAAUACCAGGAAAAAGAGGAUGUUAUUGAGAGAUUACGACUUGGCCAUCAGCAGGGGAAUGUCCCACCAUGCGCACAACAUGAUGCUCCAGACAGCAUCAACGUUGGCAAGCGCGGCGAAGAGACCAGCCAGAACUUUGGCCAUGGACACUCCGGCCCCGUGUCGCCACCAAGUCCUAUUGCCAGCCCACACGAUCAGCGGUGGGACCAGCAAGUCAGAUGGCCGAUGAACUAG